AUGCCCUUCUGGUGCAUCAGCACCGAGGCAAGCGUCACCCUGCACUCGGCACAGAUCGGUCGGGACUACGUCGCUACACGCUACAACCCAAUGACACGCAGACAUGAGCCGCGAUGGGAAACUGCCUGGCACACUGUCGCACCCAAUUGGCGCUACAGCCGCCGCUGGACCGCCGAGUCCGAGGAGACGCAGAUAUACGGCGGUUCCAAGUACCGCAACGACACUGCACUGGGCCGGAUGCGCCCUGGCGAGUAUGUACGACAGGCCCUGACGUAUGGCGAUUAUGUACGGCGCACGGCAGACAAGGAGCAGCCUGAGCGACUGAUUCCCUUCCGUCUGAGUCCAGAUGAGGCGGUGGAGGCGGCGAAACAGGCCAUUAGGCAGUCUGAGCUCCGGGCGGCAGAGCACCAGCUGCUGCAGACCUACGGCGGCGACCGAGUCCAGCUGGUGGUGCUUGAGGUGGAGCUGGGGCGCCUGAGCGCGACACCGGUGUUCUCACCCGUCUAUGUGUUCAAGACGAGAGUGCGCGGCACGGCCAUGCGCACCUACGUCGCCGUGGCAGCUGCCGCCGCUGUCGCGGGUCCCUUAGCGCUUCUGGCGUCUGGGGCCGUGGGCCCCGGUAUUAGCUUGCCAGCUGCCCUGCUGGUAGGGGUGGGGCUGCCCUACCUGCUGGCCUACGGAUUAGCCAGCCUGUGGCCCGAGCUUCAUUCGGGCUUUUUGCGGCUGAGGGCCCGGCUGCAGCGGCCACUGCCGGACGCCGCACAGGACGAGCAGGAGCGGUGGUGGCGGUACGAGUGGGUAAAGCAAGAUACCAACGACUGGCAGGGGUAUAGCUACAGUGACGAGGGGCGCUACAGCCACAGCUACCGCCGGCCCGGCGCCGGCGGUGAAGGCGGGAGUCGAGGAGCUUCAGGGGCCGAGUGGGGCUGGCAGCAGGACCGCAGCGGUGCGGGCGGGGCAGGACAACAAAAACAACGACAAGAGGCCACUGGCCGUGCAGCUCCAGGUUCCGACCCCAAGGGCUACUACCACAUUCUGGGUGUCAGCCCCUCCAGCAGCACCGAAGAGAUCCAGGCAGCAUUCCGAGCGGCUGCACUUAAAUGGCACCCGGACAGGCAACCAGACCCCGCACGCAAGGCUGAAAGCACUCGCCAGUUCCAAUCCGCGCAAGAGGCUUACUCAGUACUGAGGGACCCCAACCGCCGUGCAGCCUACGACCGCGGAUUUGUUUAAUGACAUGGACAAUUCGUCUCAGCUAUACUGCCGGGAUCCUCCAGCCAACAUAACACCAGUCGCUGCAGCUGGCACGAUGGAUCCGGCCAUCGUCCGCGGCACGCAGCCGAACAACAAAAUCGCAGCUGGACACCUCGCACUGCUGUGAGAGUCUGCGGCUAUAGCCAUCGGUAGUGACUGCCGCCUGGUCACAGCACGGCUUGCGCCUUCGGCUGGUCUGCAAAGCGCCGCGUAUUGGCAAAGUAGUCGCCACGGACGUCGUCCGGCCACAACCGUUCCCCUCUUCCAGCCAGGCACAUGGCCAGGGCGGGGAGCGCCUAUCCAUCACCCCUUUGCACACGCUGUGCCCCGCCUGUUGGUUGCCAAACGGCUUAGCUGCCAUGCGCCACGGUCCUCUGUUACCAGCCCAGCCAUGGCCGCAAGAUGGACGGGGCAUGUAGGCAUUUGGAUGCAGCUCGUCUGCAGCGGAGGGGUUUCAUCCCGUCAUACACCAUGUCGAAUCCGACUGCAAGCAAACCAUGCUGUGGUGGGUUCGGCGAGGAGCGUCCUUCGCAGAACGCAGACAGCCCACACCGUGCUCAACAGCGCCUUCACUUGGUACCUACGUUCGGCCGCACCACACAGCACGGACUGCCGCUUAGCUAUCGCCAAGAUAGCAUGGACCUUGCUGAAAUGUCGGCUCAUCUCCAUAUUGCCACACGAAGACGUUGCUCCAUGUGGAGUGGCGCACUCACAUCCAGCCAUAUGUAGUGGACCCAGCCACCUUCCCGCGGUACAGCUCCAUGCCAGGACGUGCCGCGGCAGCAGGAUAUGAAUCCUGCCCUGUCCUCCCCACCAAGAGGAGACCCCCUGAUCGAUUCCGUUGAUGCGCUCCGGUGUUUUUUUCACUCCGGCCGCUGCACAUGUGGCUGAGGCGGCGCUCCGGCGGCUCCUUGAUGCUGGCUGGCACCUGCGUUGCUGUCGUGUGCGGGACGGACUCUUUCCCCGAAGCUCUGCGCCGCAUACCGUUGCCUGGGGCGAGCCGCUGUUGCUACAUUACUUGCUGUUACUACUCGUGCUUUACGGCAUUCCAUGCGCUGCGCUCCCAUAAGGAAGCGAACCCACAAGAAUGAUCCAAGCCAUGUGGGGAAAAAUGCACGACAACGUGGUCGUAUCGCGCCUACAGGAUGGUCAAAAGUCGUGUGUUGUCGACUUGCGAAGUUAAAAGACGACCUGCGC